AAAAGAAGCAGGUGUAUGUGGAUAAGGUGGAGAAGAUGCAGCAAGCCCUUGUACAGCUCCAGGCAGCAUGUGAAAAACGCGAGCAGUUGGAGCAUCGUCUCCGGACACGGCUAGAGAGGGAACUGGAGUCCCUCAGGAUUCAGCAGCGCCAGGGCAACUCUCAGCCCACCAACGUUUCUGAAUACAAUGCCACAGCGUUGAUGGAGCUCCUCCGUGAGAAGGAGGAGAGGAUCCUGGCCCUGGAAGCCGAUAUGACUAAGUGGGAGCAGAAGUAUUUGGAGGAGAACGUGAUGAGACAUUUCGCUCUAGAUGCUGCCGCGACCGUAGCUGCUCAGAGGUAAGGAGCUGGCGGCCAGAGUCAC